ACACACAUAACUAAACAUUCAAACUCAAAAAAAUAUAAGGAAAAAACAGAGGAAAAUGAAGUUGUAUGUAUCAUCAGUUGCAAUGUCUUGUCUCUUUUUCUUGUUCCUAAUUACAGGAACUUUGGCACAAAAUGCCGGUUCAAUUGUAACCAGGGACUUGUUCGAACAGAUGCUGAGUUUUAGGAACAAUGAUGCAUGUCCUGCUAAGGGCUUCUACACUUAUGAUGCAUUUAUAGCUGCAGCCAAUUCCUUUCCAGCUUUUGGUACUACUGGCGAUGAUACUGCCCGUAAGAAGGAAAUGGCUGCCUUUUUCGGUCAAACAUCUCUCGAAACUAAUGGUGGUAGUGCAGGAACAUAUACCGGAGGAUAUUGCUUUGUUAGGGAAGGCAACCAAGUGGGAAGUGGAUUUUAUGGCAGAGGACCCAUCCAAUUGACAGGGCAAUCUAACUAUGACUUAGCUGGGCAAGCAAUUAAAGAAGACCUAGUUAACAACCCUGACUUAGUAGCAACAGAUGCAACUGUAUCUUUCAAAACAGCAAUAUGGUUCUGGAUGACAGCACAGGGUAAUAAGCCAUCAUGCCACAGCGUUAUCACAGGGCAAUGGACACCAUCAGCAACCGACAUGUCAGCAAAUCGACAACCAGGCUACGGUGUCAUUACAAACAUAAUUAACGGUGGAGUUGAAUGUAACAUGGGACAGAAUGUUAGAGGGGAAGGUCGAAUUGGAUUUUACAAGAGGUAUUGUGGUAUGUUGAAUGUUCCCCCCGGUGAAAACUUGGACUGUUACAAUCAAAAGAACUUCGCCCAGGCCUAGGCCUCGUUACAUAUAUACAAAACAAAUCAUGUUAUGUAUUACUAUUACUCAUCGAGAUGGUCCAGUCUAUAAGUUAUAUUUGGAUGUAAUAAAUAAGGGGAUUCUGUUUUCCCGUUUACAAUAAGGUGACAUUUUCUUACUUGUCUUCCUGAAAUUUCUAUUGUACCACAUCAGUGGCUUGAAUUUUUUUAAGUGAAACAUUUAUACAAAUUAAGUGAUCAUUUGUGGAUUCA